GUGGAGAACGCUGCCGGCCAGUGGGGAGUCUCAGAGACUGGGGUAUCCGGCUGUUGAUGACAGCGAGUUCUGGGGAAACCAGGACGGGCUUUUCAGGAGGAGACCAUCAGAGCAACUUCAAAAGUCACCCCUUCCCCCUCUCCUCACCUUGCCAUCUCCUUGUGCUUCAAAUAGUGAUCCUACCUUCGUCUACAUCUCAUCACUGAAUCUGUACUCGUGCUUUAAGUGUCCGUGACCUUCUGAUGUCUACACUACCUUCACUGGUCAUCUUUCCAUUGACUAGGAUGAUCAGACAACCUGGCUUUGUCAGGACGAUCCCGGUGUUUCAUUAAAUGACCUGGUGCCUGACAGCUUCUUUUAACAAAAUCAUUAAGACUCUUGACAUUGGUCAUUCAACUGGUCAAUCAUCACAAAGCCCUGCCUUCAGAUGGGAUUCCACUAUCUCCUGAUUUGUAAAUCUAUGGUUACAUUCACUCCUGGGUGGCUUGGAGAAGGAGAAUGCAAUGUCUAUUGGUGCUCUCAAUACAGAGAGGAUGAAUCACGCGUGGAAACAAAUAUGGACACAAGUUUCGGCUCUGACAUCAGUCAUGCACGGACACCCCAGUUUUUUCAUACAAAGACUUCUGACUGACUCAGCAUCUCAUGUCUCCAGUAUGGUAUCCUGCUCUGAUAUCCGGCGCAAGAGGCAAAGACAGAAACAGAGGCAGCAUUUGAAAAAAGACAAAGUUGUUAGUAUCCUUCAAGAUCCAGGGGUCCCAGUGCUUGGAAAGCUGACCAGAGAAGACCUUCUGGAAAUGCUAGCUACCAGUGUGGUAUACCAGGAAAAUCCCUUGAUUGGUAUCAAUAAACCACCAGGACUUUCCAUCACAGGUAAAGAACUUUCCUUUACCUCGCUGCUUCCAGAACUCCAGCAGCGAUUGCAUCUUUCAAAAGAACUCCACAUUGUAAAAGCAAGUAACAGGGACUGUUCUGGCCUCGUUCUGCUUUCCACCUGUCACCAAACCACCAAAUACAUUGAGGAUGCCUUCGUCCAAGCUCGGAGAAGGAAGGAAGCACUCACCAGUUAUUGUGCAGUGACAGUGGGCAUCCCAGAACCUGCAGAGGGAGAAGUCAGUGUUGCUCUGAAAAAGCAGAACAUUGGCGAGCAUGAGCUGGUAGUUCCAGUUUUUCAUCCCACAUGGGGAAACUUUCAGCGGAAGGAAGCAAAGAAGGCUGUAACAAGGUACAAGGUUCUCACUGCUGCAGAUGGCUGUGCAUUGGUAGAGCUUCAUCCUCUCUCAACCUUUGAAAGCCUCCUACAGGUCCACCUCACAGUUAAACUGUCCACGGUUCUUGGGGAUCAUGUGUAUUCUUCCCGGCUCGGCAAGGUUCUGGGAAUUCCCUUUUGUCUCCCAGUGGAAUCAGCAAUUCCUCGAACUCAGGUCUUGACUGAAUCCUUACUACAGAAGCUGCAUUUGGACCAGAAACAGAUGUGGAAAAUGCCUCUUCAUCUUCACUUACACAAACUUUCAAUUCCACCGCUUGAAAUAAAGAAAUCAGAGACAGUGAUCGUGGCUGCUCCUCCAGCUUACUUCCUUAGGACCCUUGACCUCUUGGGCUUAAGAGUUAAUGAGUUUCCUGAAGCAGAUGUAAGGAAAAAGGAGAAAUAUUAAAAAAAAGUGUGCUGUCUAGUUCAUGCUAGUACUCUGGUUUAGAGAAGAUUUACAGCUUCUCAAAAACUCACUAGCUUCUGUGAAGUUUGUUUUGUAAUAAAUCCAAGUGGAAGUGCUGGUUCAAAAAUUUGAACGAGCAGAGGAUGUUUCCUAACUAGGACAUCUGUUUCUGGACACUUUUUGAAGACUUCCCAUUUUACACUGCUUGGAAAAAAAAUGCAAUUCACCUGAUUCUUAUUUGUCAGUUUUCUUCCAGUUUAGCUUGUGUAUCCUUUUGGCACAAAUCAACUAGCUAACAAACAACCAAUUCUCAACGGUCUGAAUGCACAAGGACAAAGAAAAAUCAAAUUUAACUAGACAAUAUAUCCAUAAUCACCUGAGCCAAACAGACAUACCACGGAGAUAAUGGGAACUGCAGAUGCUGGAGAUUCCAAGAUAAUAAAAUGUGAGGCUGGAUGAACACAGCAGGCCAAGCAGC